GUUACACCCCACACGGCUGUCCUUGUUUUGUAUUCAGGUGCCUUAGGUACAAGACGGUCUUGGCCAAAGUUUUCUUUUGAAAGACAAUGUUUCUUUCCAUCAAUGACCCACCAAAGAUGGAGAAGGACAGAAACCACUUGGCUGCAAGGAUAUUAGACCUCACCCUAGAGAUCAUCUCCUUGAUAACUGGAGAGGAUUAUACAGUAGUGAAGAAGUCGUCUGGUGAGUGUAUGACACCCCGUGUGUCAGGAGGAUGGAGCAGAAUCCAGAACCCCAUCACCGAGCCACCAUCUCAUUCCCAGAUACAUGAGCAGAAGAUCCUAGAACUUACCACCAGGAUCACUGAGCUGCUGAGCGGAGAGGUUCCUAUAAGGUGUCAGGAUGUCGCUGUCUAUUUUUCCAUGGAGGAGUGGGAGUAUUUAGAAGAACACAAGGAUCUGUACAAGGACGUCCUGACGGAGAAUCACCAGUCCCUCACAUCACCGGGUGAAGAUGUUAUGAGCGACUCCCACAGACAUCUCCAUUUAUCUUCCCAUCAUGAAGGAGAAGACAACAAUACCACAGAAGCUAAUUCAAUAACUCCUAAUGUAUCCUCAGUCCUUCACAGCGGAGAUCUAUCCACCAACACCACUGGUCACACGAAACCUUCACCAAAUCAGUCGCUAAUUGGCAGAACAAGAACUAAACUAAAAUGCGGGAAAAUAUUAACGUGUAAGAAACUGUUAAAAAAGGAAUCUAAUCAUUCGUUCCAUGAGAUAAUAGACAGUGAAGGGCCAUUGUCAUGUUCAGAUUGUGGGAAAUCUUUUACCAAGAAAGUAAACUUUUUUAAACAUCAGAGGACUUGCACAGGCAAGAAUCCAUUCUCUGAAUAUGGGACAUGUUUUGGUCAGAAAUCAAGUCACACAGAGAAGAAGUCACUUUCAUGUUUAGAAUGUGGAAAAUGUUUCAGCAAGAAAUCAAGUCUCAUACAACAUCUAAGAACUCACACAGGAGAGAAGCCAUUUUCAUGUUCAGAAUGUGGGAAAUGUUUUACCCAUAAAUCAAAUCUAAUGGAACAUCUAAGAAGUCACACAGGGGAGAAGCCGUUUUUAUGUUCAGAAUGUGGGAUGUAUUUUGGUCAGAAAUCAAGUCUUGUGAACCAUCUAAGAAUUCACACAGGGGAAAAGCCAUUUUCAUGUCCAGAAUGUGGGAAAUGCUUCAGCAAAAAAUCAAGUGUUAUACAACAUCUAAGAAGUCACACAGGAGAGAAGCCGUUUUCGUGUUUAGAAUGUGGAAAAUGUUUUACCCAUAAAUCAAAUCUUAUGGAACAUCUAAGAAUUCACACAGGGGAGAAACCAUUUUCAUGUUCAGAAUGUGGGAAAUGUUUUAAACAGAAAUCAGGUCUUUCUAAACAUCAGAGGACUCACACAGGAGAGAAGCCACCUUAAUGUUCAGAUUGUAGAAAAUCUGAAACAUGUGCAGCUUCAUUGUAGAACCAGCUACCUAGUAAUGAUGCCUUCUUAGGGUCAAAGGACCUGCGUUGAACUGUUGAAACAUUCUGAUCCUAUGGACGCUGCCACGAUGCUCGCGGGAGCAGGACUACAGCGGAAUAUAGAGCCAUCAUCCUGCUUGAAGAACAGAAAUCACUGAUUGCUCCAAAGGGGGAUCAGAUGUACAGAACAUAUUAUGUUCAUAUUUUGAGGUCAGAAAGACAUUGAGAAUGAUAGUUAAAUAGAUGAUACAGAAGUAGGUAGUGAUGUCUGUCGUUGAAUAAUCUAUGGAUAACAGCUUUUAUCUAGAUAUAUUUAAAAAAUAACCAUUUAUAACUGACCCAUUAGAGUGCUGUCUCCCCAGCUUCUAGGGCAGUUGGACUAGCAGUGAGUCGAAUGACGUUGUUGUGAUGUUCUCUCCUCCAAUUGGCCAAAUACUGGACUGUCAUUAUACUUCAAGGCGGGAUAGAGUAUAUUUAUAAGGCUGGUAUCAAAGCUAGCAAUGCCGCUGCACAUUAGGAUUUCAAACUUUUCUGCACCCCACAGUGUUGUAUUAUUCCACCUGAGUUGCCCCUAAUUAUGUUCAAUUAUAAUUAAAUGUGCAGAAACAGGCAGAAAAUGACAGCUAGGCAAAUCAGCCCAUCAAAUUACUUUAUUUAGCACAGGGACAGGUGUAUGUGUGUAUAUAUGUGAGUACUAUUAAUGGUGCAGAGGUCAAUAACCAACUCUCUAUAGCUCCUACUGCACCUUAACCUCUGUUACAGCCUAUGUGACCUAUGUUUAGGUUAGGAAUAGUUAUUUUUUUAAUAUGUAUA